CAUUGCCUCUCUCUGGGCUUGUGAGACACAGCAGCCUGUAUAAGUGUGCCCUGUGCACCGAGUGGCUCCUCUUCUCUGGGUGUGUUCCCCCUCCCGCCCCACCCCGUCCAGUCCUAAGGCUCUCCCUUCUUGCCGAGCAAACAGGAGGCUCCAGGGUAAACAGGUGUGCCCCACGGUGAGGGCCUGGACACGGGCGGCCUGCCUGGAGCCUCCUGCUGCCCCAGCCCCCAAGGCAGGUGCCCAGGGGCCCUCCUCUGUCCCUCUUGUGUUCCUCUCUGCCCUCCUGCAACAGUGCUGACCUUCACCUCUGGAAGAAACCCUCCAGAUUCCUGUUUUCCCUCCAGCUUGCUCCUGACCCCUCCCUUCCUUUGAAGGCCUGGUAGUUAAUAUUUGACCCAAAAGGGAUAGGAGGGCAGCAGCACCCUCUGACCCUGCCUGUGGGUGUCUGGUGAGACGGGGUGGGUCUGGCCGCCUCCACUCCCAACCCAGUUUGGGAAGCCCCCUUGGAGUUUAAGGCCCCUGUCACCCAUGCCCACCUCAUCCCCAGUGGCUGGCUUGAGAGAGGGUCCAGGCUGGGGAACAGUGUCCAGAUGGACUGGGGGAGGUGGCCAAGAGCUCCAGGGGCCCAGUGCUCACUCCCGAACGUGGCUUAAGUCCGGAGCACUGCUUCACACCUCCUGCACAGACUUUCCUGUGCAGCUAGGGGCACCCAGAGGCCCACCCACCCCAGGCCCGCGCCCCGGGCCUGUGAGUGCCUGCUGUCAGGUAGGAACACAUGGGACGCUUCGCUGAAGGCUGCAGUACUGACUCGCACGGGCAGGACAGAAAUGUUCACCCCCUUGGAGAAGAAUGCCGCGGAGGAGAAGUGUCUAAUUAAAGAGAAAUUCCAGAGGGAGCGCUCAGGCCAAGGAAAAGAAAAAACAAAGGGAAACAGGACAGACUGAACAAAGGCCCAUUAAAUGUCCCUGCCCAGGCCUUCUGCGGAGGGCUGGCAGCAGGGCAGCUAGUGCUGCAGGCACAGGCCUUGGCUCUGAGAACCAAAACCCUGACUUGACCAGAAGAGGCCCAUUACCUUGGGCUUGGAUUGGGGCAAGAAGGCAGGUUCCACCCCAGCCUCUCCAUCAGAGUGGAGCUGACCUGGCAGGGGGGUUCUGUACCCCUACCUUUAGUUUCCCCUGAAGUCUGGGUAAUGCCAUCCGUCUUUUACCCUUAUGUAGAUCAAAGCACUUUCUCCUUUUUUCCUCCUUCAAAACAGAUGUCAGAGAAGCAGGACUAGCCAGCCCCGCAGUACCGGUCAGGGGACCCCAUUAGGAGCCUACAGCCCUCUGACUCCUCCAGUCCAGUUCACCAUGGAGUUUGCAUCUGAUGCAGGAAGGCAUGUGAUGGGUCCCGCUCUCUGGCUCUGAGCUGUGAUUCCAUGGCCAUAGGACUCUGUGGCUCCAUGUCCCCCCCAUUCCAGGAUCCUCCCUGGCCCCGUAACGGCUUGACCCCCACGGCCUCUUGACCCCUGACUUUCCACUUGACCUUGCUGGACUUUGACCCCGGUGACUGUUUUCCCCUCCCUCCUGUGCCUCCGGUCCUGGCUCCUGUUGGGGGUCUUGCUGGUCUGGACCUCCCCAGGAAGAUGUGGGGGAGCCUCUGGCCCCUUCUCCUAGGCUUCCUCAUGGCAGGGGCAGCCCCUGGGCCCUCCCUGCGGAGACCGUCCCGAGAGCUGGAUGCCACCCCGCGGAUGACCAUCCCCUUUGAAGAGCUCUCUGGGGUCAGGCACUUCCAGGCCCAAGCCCAGAACUACUCAACGCUGCUCCUAGAGGAGGCCUCAGCAAGACUGCUGGUGGGAGCGCGAGGUGCCCUGUUCUCGCUCAGCGCCCGGGACAUAGGAGAUGGGGCUCACAAAGAGAUUCAGUGGGAGGCCUCCUUGGAGACGCGAAGAAAAUGUCAUCAAAAAGGAAAGAACAACCAGACGGAGUGCUUCAAUCAUGUGCGGUUCCUACAGCGGCUCAACGCCACGCACCUCUACGCAUGUGGGACUCACGCCUUCCAGCCCCUCUGUGCCGCCAUUGAUGCCGAGUCCUUCACCAUGCCUAGUAGCUUCGAGGAGGGGAAGGAGAGGUGCCCAUAUGACCCCACCCGGGGCUUCACCGGUCUGGUUAUCGAUGGAGGCCUCUACACGGCCACGCGGUACGAGUUUCGGAGCAUCCCUGACAUCCGCCGGAGCCGCCAUCCGCACUCGCUGAGAACUGAGGAGGCUCCCGUGCACUGGCUUAACGAUGCUGAAUUUGUGUUCUCUGUACUGGUGCGGGAGAGUGAGGCCAGCGCGGUGGGCGAUGAUGACAAGGUUUAUUUCUUCUUCACGGAGCGUGCUGCCGCUGAGGAGGGCUCCAGCAGCUUCAACCCGAGCCGCAGCAGCCACCGUGUGGCCCGAGUGGCGCGUGUGUGCAAGGGAGAUCUAGGAGGGAAGAAGAUCCUGCAGAAGAAGUGGACGUCCUUCCUGAAGGCCCGUCUCCUCUGCCACAUCCCCCAGUAUGAGACGCUGCGCGGGGUCUGCAGUCUGGAUGCUGACCUCUCUGCCCGCACACACUUCUAUGCAGCCUUCACGCUGACCACACAGUGGAAGACCCUGGAGGCCUCAGCCAUCUGCCGCUACGACCUGGCUGAGGUGCAGGCUGUCUUCUCAGGACCCUACAUGGAGUACCAGGAUGGCACCCGGCGCUGGGGCCGCUACGAGGGUGGGGUGCCUGAGCCCCGUCCUGGCUCGGUGAGCACCCUGGCCCGGGGCUACAAUUCGUCCCAGGACCUGCCGUCCCUGGUCCUGGAUUUCGUGAAGUUGCAUCCACUGAUGGCUCGGCCCGUGGUCCCCAGCCGCGGACGGCCCCUGCUGCUCAAGCGCCACGUCCACUACACACACCUUGCGGGGAUUCCAGUUAGCACUCCUGCUGGACCCACCUAUGACCUGCUCUUUCUGGCCACAGCUGAUGGCUGGAUCCACAAGGCCGUGGUCCUGGCCUCUGGAAUGCACAUUAUUGAAGAGACACAAGUGUUCAGGCAGCCCCAGUCGGUGGAGAAUCUAGUCAUCUCUCUGAGGCAGCACAGCCUGUAUGUGGGCGCCCCUAGUGGGGUCAUCCAGCUGCCCCUGUCCACCUGCUGGCGAUAUCGUUCCUGCUAUGACUGCAUCCUGGCCCGUGACCCCUACUGUGGCUGGGACCCCAGCAACCUUUCCUGUGUGGCAGCCACCACCAUAGCAAACAGAACAUCACUGAUACAGGACAUAGAGAGGGGAAAUCGAGGCUGUGAGGGCAGCAGGGAUCCAGGGCCACCACCACCACCACUGAAGACCCGCUCAGUUCUCCGGGGUGACGAUGUCCUCCUGCCCUGUGACCAGCCAUCCAACCUGGCCCGGGCCUUGUGGCUUCUCAAUGGGAGCAAAAGCCUGAGCGAUGGGCAGGAUGGCUACCGUGUGGGUGUCGAUGGGCUGCUGGUGACAGACACACAGCCCGAGCACAGUGGCAGCUACAGCUGCUUUGCUGAGGAGAAUGGCCUACGAACCCUGCUGGCCUCCUACAGCCUCACUGUCCGGCCAGCCACUCCUGCCCCGGCUCCACAAGCCCCCGCGACAAACGAGGCACGCCUGGCCCCGGACGUGAGGCUGCUCUACGUGCUCGCCAUCGCUGCCCUUGGGGGCCUCUGCCUCCUCUUGGCCUUCUCCCUCCUCUACGUGGCUUGUCUGCGCGGAGGGGGACGAGGUCGGCGACGGAAGUACUCGCUGGGUCGGGCCAGCCGGGCAGGGGGCUCUGCCGUGCAGCUGCAGACAGUCUCAGGCCAGUGUCCUGGAGAGGAAGACGAGGGUGAGGACGGGGAAGGGGCUGAGGGCCUGGAAGGGAGCCGCCUCCAGAUCAAAAAAAAACCACCGCCCCCGCUGCCCCCGGCUGAGUUGACCAAUGGACUGGUGGCACUGCCCAGCCGGCUUCGAAGGAUGAAUGGCAACAGCUAUGUGCUGCUGAGGCAGAGCAACCACGGCACGCCGGCGGGGCCCUGCUCCUUUGCUGAGGAGCUCAGCCGCAUCCUGGAGAAGAGGAAGCACACGCAGCUCGUAGAGCAGCUAGACGAGAGCUCCGUGUGAGCCUGGCCCCCCAGCAGAUGCUCUUGCUGCCUGCUCCGGGCUGGGCCGCCGCCGGCACAGCCACCCCUCCACACCCUCACUCCGUGCCCUUCUCCCAACUGUGGCAUCUCAGUAGGGCUAGCCAGUCAGGCCAGCCAAAGCCCCUCCUCAGUCUCAGGACCCACCUGUGAGCAGCCCAGGCCCACCGGUGCUCCUCAGAGGUAGGGCUCUGCAGG